GCCCCGUCCUGGCGCCCGCCCCCUCCCCGCGCCACACGUGACUUCCUGGCGGCCGCAGGGACUGCCCCUCCUGGGUUCGGUUUCGUUUCCUCGGCGGCCUCCCUCGGAGCGCGGGUGCAGCAGUCGCGUCCCGACCCCUUGGAGCGCCAUGGCGGAGCUGUGUCCCCUCGCCGAGGAGCUGUCGUGCUCCAUCUGCCUGGAGCCCUUCAAGGAGCCGGUCACCACUCCGUGUGGCCACAACUUCUGCGGGUCGUGCCUGAACGAGACGUGGGCAGUCCAGGGCUCGCCGUACCUGUGUCCGCAGUGCCGCGCCAGCUACCACGCGCGACCGCAGCUGCACAAGAACACGGUGCUGUGCAACGUGGUGGAACAGUUCCUGCUGGCCGACCUGGCCCGGGAGCAACCCGCCGCCGACGGCUGGACGCCGCCCGCCCGCGCCUCCGCACCGAGCCCGGGCACCCAGGUGGCCUGCGACCACUGCCUGAAGGAGGCCGCCGUGAAGACGUGCCUGGUGUGCAUGGCCUCCUUCUGCCAGAAGCAUCUGCAGCCGCACUUCGAGAGCCCCACCUUCCAGGACCACCCGCUGCAGUCGCCCAUUCGCGACCUGCUGCACCGCAAAUGUCCCCAGCACAACCGGCUGAGGGAAUUUUUCUGCCCUGAGCACAGCGAGUGCAUCUGCCACAUCUGCCUGGUGGAACAUAAGGCCUGCUCUCCCGCGUCCCUCAGCCAGGCCAGCGCCGACCUGGAGGCCACCCUGAGGCACAAAGUAACUGUCAUGUACAGUCAGAUCAAUGGGGCGUCGAGAGCGCUGGAUGAUGUGAGGGCCAGGCAGCAGGAUAUUCGGUUGACUGCAAACAAAAAGGUGGAGCAGCUACGACAAGAAUACAUGGAAAUGAAGGCUCUCCUGGACACCUCAGAGACCACCUUGACAUGGAAGAUAAAGGAGGAGGAGAAGAAGGUCAACACCAAGUUGGACAGCAUUUAUCAGAUUCUCCUCAAGAAGAAGAGUGAGAUCCAGACGCUGAAGGAGGAGAUUGAACGGGGCCUGACCAAGGGGGAUGAGUUCGAGUUUCUGGAGAAAGCAUCAAAACUGCGAGGAAUCUCAACAAAGCCAGUCUACAUCCCCAAGGUGGAACUGAACCACGAGCUGAUAAAAGGCAUCUACCAGAGCACCUUAGACCUCAAAACCGAGUUGAAGCGGUGCAUCAGGCAGCUCCAGGAGCCCACCACCAGCUCAGGUGACCCUGGAGAGCAUGACUCAGCGUCCACAUACAAAUCUGCACGCCCUGGGAAGAAGGCCCCAAAAGAGGAAAAGAAAUCCAAGAAACCUUCCUCAGGACUGAUAGUGGAAUUAGAACGAGAUGGCUCUGAGGAAGAGAAAAAGAAAUCCAAGAAACCUUCUUCGGGACUGAUAGUGGAAUCAGAACAAGAUGGCUCUGAGGCGGCAGCCACUGGAGCCAAAGGUGCCAGCUCACAGCCGAACGCAGCAUCUCUCAAGGCCAAGGUGCUGGAGACCUUUCUGGCCAAGUCCAGACCUGAGCUCCAGGAGUAUUAUGUUAAAGUCAUCCUGGACUACAACACUGCCCACAAAAAGGUGGCUCUGUCACAGAACUAUACAGUAGCUUCUGUGGCUGAGAUGCCUCAGAACUACCGGCCGCAUCCCCAGAGGUUCACAUACUGCUCUCAGGUGCUGGGCCUGCACUGCUACAAGAAGGGGAUCCACUACUGGGAGGUGGAGCUGCAGAAGAACAACUUCUGUGGGGUAGGCAUCUGCUAUGGCAGCAUGGACCGGCAGGGCCCCGAGAGCAGGCUCGGCCGCAACAAUGCCUCCUGGUGCGUGGAGUGGUUCAACACCAAGAUCUCUGCCUGGCACAACAACGUGGAGAAAACCCUGCCCUCUACCAAGGCCACACGGGUGGGCGUGCUUCUCAACUGUGACCACGGCUUUGUCAUCUUCUUUGCUGUUGCUGACAAGGUCCACCUGAUGUAUAAGUUCAAGGUGGACUUUACUGAGGCUUUGUACCCGGCUUUCUGGGUGUUCUCCGCUGGUGCCACGCUUUCCAUCUGCUCCCCAAAGUAGGCAGGCCAUGGACACUUGGACUGACUGCUUGCAGAGGUCCCAAGACCCUAGUGAAAAUCCAGCAGGCAGAACUCUCCUUGGAGAAUUCCCCAAGAGGUCCCAAGGUUUGGGAGUAUGGGAGGGGAGCAGGCGGGAGGGUGGGGGAUGGGAUUUAGCCUGGGAAAAGGGGUGGAGGUGAUUGUGUUGUGGGCAAGGAGGCAUUUCCACCCCCUGGUGCCUAUCAGGGCAGGGUGACCUGCUUCUCAUUGUUCUGGGAAAUCUCCAGGCUGCUGGGCAGCUGGGCAGAGCUCUGGGGAGUGAAGUCAUGAGUGCCUAAUUCCUCUUAGAAAAAAAUCCAUAUCUACUGUAGGUUCUGUCUUGGGCCACUUGGAUCUGAAGGCUGCCCCUUUGCUCUCUGGGGUAGCCUUCAGAUCUGGGUGUUUUGAUUACUUACCAUAGAUGUUUUUAAAAUUCCAAAGUCAUUAAAUUUGGUUGAAUUACACAACCUCCGUUACCCACAUGCUGGGGCUCGAUCUCCUGAUUAUUAGCUGUGCUUGAGGAAACACCCACAGCAGUCUCUACCCAGAACAGAGUUUCCUAAAGAAGCAUGCCCUCUUCCUCCACUGUAAAAUAGUGCUGUUCCCUUCCUACCCUGCUCACCCAUCACUCCCCAUUGAUGGUUUUCAAACAGGAAACUUUUCAGCUAAAGCUUCAAACCAUGACUGGAAUGAGCCUGUGUUGGAUUUGUGAUUCAAGGUCAGGUGACCCCGGUCCAGUUUGAAUGGAAAUCCUUCCUAAGUGUCAUGAGAAGCAUCUUGGCAGAGAUGCUUUGGUGGCAGCCAUGAGCUUUGCUGGAGGCCUUGCUUCCCAUAGCCUUGGCUGCAGGGCAAGGAACUCUGCUGGUCAAGAGGGACACUGCCCUGGGUCAACAGAAGCCUGAUGGGUUUGCUCGUGUUGGAGUGUCCUGCUUUCUUACUGACAACUCUUCUUGGCUUUAGCUCCUCUCCCCUGGAUUGUGAGAUACGGAAUGACAGUGCAGGUACCACUGAAGCUAGCACAGCCAGCUAAGCUGGAUCUCUGAAGCCUGCUAUCAUGGAGACAGGCUGCCUCAGGGACCACACUAGACCACUUGCUCGGGUGGCAACCUAGCACCAAAAGGGUCUUUUAGCAAACCUCAUGGGGAACAGGAACAUUCCUGUUCAUCCCUGGCCACAGGCUGCAGACCCAGCACUGGCCGUCUCAUGAGUCAGAGCCUGGGGCUGGCCCUACCCCCUUGUGCUGCCUUCCUCCUUUGAGCCAGUUCUGUAAACUCACAUUGAUCAGGGAGGGAAUGAGUUAAAGAGGGUCACACAAGUGGCUAUUUUCCCUGCAGUGUUUCUGUGCAGUGAAAAUAACCCAGUCCACUAAGAGGCGGGAGUGAAUGGAUUGCUGGAUUUUCCCCAGGCUCCUUAUAGCCCGAUGUUAGGAUGUUAAGUGUGAAGAACUUAACCUCUUAUAAUGAAUUGAGUUCAGCUCUGGGCUUUGCUUAGAGGAGAGCUCCAGUCAGGCUUCUUAUAAUAUGAAAAGAGGUCACCAGGGGAAGUAGAGACCCCAGAUCUUUUCAUAUGGAUAUUUGAGAAUGUAAUGCAUCUCAGGCCUCAUGCUGGAAUUCUUGGGCACUGUAGGAAGGGCAGAACAGUUGAUAUUCCUGACAGGUACACACCUGAUCAGCGUCAUCUCCCGGCAAGGAUUUUUACUUUACUGGGAGAGCAGUAGUCUUCGUAGGGAAGACAUCCCUGCAAUAGGUAAUAUGUGGUCCUUAGACGUUUUCUUCUUUACUACUUGGAUGAAAAGUUCUUUGGUGAUUCUUCUCUGCUUUUGAAGAUGAUCAAAAGCAUCUUCAUUGAUUUUCUGAAACAAAAGCCUUGUCUGAAACCAAUUAAUACUUGGGAAACAGCUAGGCUUAGAGAAGGAAAUGCCAGGGAUUAAUCCAUGGCUCCUGCUCUGCCUCUCUUCUGCAGAAAUGAGGACAGUAGGGAGGCUCCUUCCCUGGCAAAUGUGCAGCUCAGGGUAGGGAAGCUGAGUCCCUCUGUUUAUAAGAGGGUCAAGUAGGUAACCAAAGCCGAGUUUUGUGCAAGGUACUUUGGAGUUGUAAAUUGAGGAGUGCGUCCUUGCUGUCUUUAACCAUUCUGUUUGCAGUGGUAAGACCUUACAUAACCUAGCCUUGCAGGGCCGCCACACAACCCUGGAGUCCUAGAGUUGGAAGAACCUUUGUGUCCAUCUGACUUCUCAUUUUGUAGAAUAUGAUGAGAAAGUAGAGGAUCACUCUGUUCAGCACUUUUUCCGUUCCAUUAGGGAGGAGAGAAGCCUGCUAGCAUGUGUGAGGGGAACACUCUUCUGGUACACUGGCAAGUAUCAGAAAUUCCCAGAAACACAAACAUAAAAUACUAUCCUAGACCCAGGUACUGGGGACUGUCCCAGUCAGUGUGGCAUGAUAAACAAAAAGGAUCAAGUCUGUAUUUUUCAAUAUGCGGUGGCUGAUUAUUCCUGUUUUAAGUACUCUGAAAUCGAUGUGCGAUCAAUAAUACUAAUAUGUUAUCUUUGACCAUAUUCUGCCUCUCACUGUUGAUUUUAAUUAAUUAGGGGUAUUUGAACUGUUAUUUCUUGAGCUUAAUUUUUUUAGAGUUAACUCUUUAAGGAGAUAAUCACGGCUGUAGACAAGACCAGGGCUGGCUGACAUGCCUUAGAAGCUUUGAACGCUAUAAAGCAGUGUUUGGUGUUCUCUCCCGCAUUUCAGUGUGGGCAGAAACUGCGGUUUGUAUGUCAUGCUGUUGUCAACAAAUGAGCCGCCUACUACAGAUGGCUACUGCCCAGGGACCUGUCCAGGCCCCACUCAGGGGCUCCCAAGGGUUGAGAUUUCAGCAGACCUAUAGCCAGCACACUUAGUCUUACCCUGGGUAGAGCUCCUCUUUGGGAAGCUUUUGAUAAGGAAUUCUCAGACUGAUAGGAUGUCUGUCUGGGUUUUGCUGCGGGACAAUCCAACUGUGGGGGCUAAGGGAAAGGGGGUGGGUAUCAAUGAAAGAGUAAGCCACAAAUGGAUAAUCAGUUACUAGGGAUGGAGUGGGGGUUCAUUAUAUUAUUCGUUCCACUGUUGUAUAUGUUUGAAAAUGUCUAUAAUAAAAAAUUUCAAAAAAUAAAAUAGUUCAGGCCAGCAAUGGGCCCUGUUUAGUGGAUUUUAUCCUUGUUUGAAUUGGGGUAGGAGGUGCAGGAGGUGUGAAUUGGAGGUUGUCUAAAGAAUUGGACUGGCCUUUGUCCCUGGUUCCUGGGAGGGAGUCUUUCAGUCCUUGACCUUUCCAGGGUAAUAGGAGUGUCUUUGUUAUUUGUGAGGCCACGGGAUCACACCAGAGCUUAUGCUAAGAGGUGAGAUGACUCAGAGCUGGGGCUGGACACCAGAAAGACUGACCGUGUGAUUAGAGGGUGAUCAGCAUAGCUUCCUGGUUGGUGGAGCCGUGGCUCUGCCAGCAGGGAAGUGUGCCCUAAUUCCAUGAAGAGAGGCCACGGGAGCGCCAUGCUCGAGACCCUCCCAGACCUUUUCCUGUGUCUUAUUUGGCUGGUGGAGCUGAUUUGUAUCCUUCAUAAUAAAAUAAUCAUAAAUACAA